AUGUCAUCAUUACUCAAAGAGCUCCGCUCGCAGGUCAGAUUCCCAUCCCCCGCUCUGCUGCUCUGCUCUGGAGAAGGUUCAACUAUUCGCUGGUCUGGGAUCAGUCUGCGCUCAAGUCUUCGCUUCCAUCUGUUUGACAGCGCUGCGCCCUGCCCCCACUCUGCCUGGAUCCUGAGCCUGGGCCUGUGUAAUAUUCUGAUUGAAUAUUGCAAAGGCAGGCCUUUGCAUCGACGUGAAACCAAGUGA